CUUUUUUUUUUCUUUUCUUCCAUCAUAUUAUGUCUUCACCCUAUGCAAGUAAGCCAAACUAUCUUGUCCGCCAUGAUCUUGUUGCACAACUUGAUAUCUUGUUGCACUACUUGAUAUCUUGUUGAAUCUUAUAUAGAAGAAUAAUAAAAAAAUAAAUGGCACAACAAGGGCUUUUGAUACUUUUCUUAUUGGCAUUGUUGUGCAAGGUGAUGUGUACAAGAUCACACCACCAAAGCACAAAAGACCCUUUUACUAGCUCAAAUAUUGAUGGAAGAUUUUGCUUGAGUUGGAGAUUGGCAGUGGAGACAAAUAAUGAGCUUCCAUGGAGAACAGUUCCAAAUCAAUGUUCUCAAUAUGUUGAAGAUUACUUGAUCCAUGGUCAAUAUGAAAGGGACUUGGAAUUAAUAAUGGAACAAGCCUUGAAUUAUGUUAAUGGUAUACCCCUUGUUGGUGAUGGCAUGGAUGCUUGGAUUUUAGAUGUAGAUGACACUUGCAUCUCUAACAUCUAUUAUUACAAAAGCAAAAAUUAUGGGUGUGAUCCAUAUGAUCCACCAGCGUUUAGGGCAUGGGCAGUGAAAGGAUGGUGCACAGCAAUUCCUUCAGUAUUAAGGCUAUUUAACAAGUUGAUAGAUAAUGGAUUUAAGGUAAUACUACUUACAGGAAGAGAUAAAGAGACACUUUAUCAAGCUACCAUUGACAAUUUGCACAAUCAAGGAUACAUUGGAUAUGACCAACUAAUUAUGAGGACAACAACAUAUAAAGGGCAGAGUGCAGUGAUGUAUAAAUCAAAUAUCAGGAAGCAAUUAGAGGAUGAAGCUUAUAGAAUAUGGGGUAAUGUAGGGGAUCAAUGGAGUGAUCUCCAAGGAAACUCUUCUGGAAAUCGUGCAUUCAAGCUCCCAAAUCCUAUGUAUUUUGUUCCCUAGCUAUAUCUUAAAUCUAUGUAUGUCUUUACAACUUAAUUCGAGUCCUAGUCAGGGAUCGAAUCCGUGAUCUUGAUAAAGUUAGAAGAGAUUCGCGCCAUCUCAUUUAAGUGCUUUUGGAUAAAGUAAUUCACUUUAGAGUAUAAAGUUUGUAAUAUUAACCAUUAAUUAAAAAAAAAUCAAAGGCAAAA